AUCCCGAACGUCAUUUCCUGCUACGUUAACGCUGCAAAACACAGGAGGUCUCGAGACUCGGUAUUUCACGUGCUAAGCUAGGUCGUUUAGCUCCUUGCGCUGACUCGCGCGCGUUCUCCCUGCGAUCGUGUGGGCACGCGCGAAACAAAAGCGCCGCGAGACACCGUCCGUUCCUGCGUCAGCUAUGAAGGGCCCCAUCACUAAGGCUGAUGAAAUAGAGGAGGACGCUUCACCUGCAGAUGUCAGCGACGAGGAACUUCCACCCUACCUGCGUGAAGACCCACCUGAAGAUCUGGAGAAGGAUCAUGCCAAAAGCGAGGGGGGCGUGGUCUGGAGAGUGACGGGUGGGCUCUUCAACCUAACCAGAGGAGCCGUGGGCGCCACCCUCGGGGGUGUGGCUUGGGUGGGCAGCAAAAGUUUCGAGUUGACCAAAACUGCAGUGACGACCGUUCCGGCAGCCGGCGUGGGAUUGGUCAAGGGCAGUGUUUCCAUGGUUACAGGAGGGGUGGGGGCAGUAGGAUCAGCGGUGGUUAGUAAAGUUACGCCAAAGAAAAAGGACAAGUCAGAUUAGGUUUGCUAAUGGCACACUGCUCCCGUCCACGCGGGUGUGUUCACUCUCUUGGGUGCAGGCUUUUUGGAACGCUAAGAGACGUGGUUAUAGUGCCGGUGUCUGGCAGAAGUUGCCCUCUUGCACUAGAUCAGGGCCAGCGUAAACCACCCUUCGCCUGGUAGCACUAGAAGAGGGACCGCAAAAUGCAUCUUGGAGCGGAGCAAGGGGGCAGCUUCUGCUGGUGUAGGUUUCACAGCUGGGAUCUCAUGCUUUUUGUUUGACUAAUAGUUUGUGUGCGUGUGUUUUUUAGUUUUUUGUCUUUCGGUUUGUUUGUGUAACAGUUGGGAGGGCAGGACUCCAUCUGUAUGCUUGACCUGGACGAGAGACCUACCAUAGCUCCACGUUGAAAGCACACCUUCAUUAAGAAGAUGCAAAUAUAUCAGAAAUUGGACCAGCCAGUGUGAAACUGCUUAAGUAUUAGACCCUAUGAGUUCAUAGUUGUUCAAGUGGCUGGACUGCAGUGAUUCUCAGCCCAUUGUAGUUCCUGGCUUCUCUCCUCUAACACGCCUGCAUCGACUGCUUGUCUUGUCAUGAGCUGAAUCACUAGGGAAACCACACAGUCACGCACUGAGCUUUCCUGCCUAACCCUACAGAAAGCGACAGUUGCUCCAAACCCAUGUCACAUUUAAACUGUCAUUCAUUCCACUCCAGUCCUUGGAUUACGUCAUCAGACUGGUCUUCACACUGAGUGAGGGGGUGUUAUGGAGACGGGGUUCAUUUCACAUGCUGCAGUCUCUGAGCCACUCGAGACGAAUGCGCUUUGAUUCCCAGAGAUGGAGUUCCAUUUCCUAUUCCUUUAGCCAUCACAGUUAGCAUUGUGGCUCCAUGAGGUCUAGAACUGCCGCUCGGCCCAAAAUGUUCUUCUGUUGUUCUUCUGUUGGCGUGAAAAGGAAAUCACACUCUCUCAUCCAACGCCUACAGUGAAAGUUCUGUUGAGAUUAUUCAUUUAACGUCUCUUUAUUGGUCUGCUGGGCUUAGACUUGCUCCAAGCAGCUGACCGAUCCAUAAUGCAGGUCAACAGAACCUGCCGUCAAAUUUGCUCACAGCCAGAGUUCAGCCAUGAACUGUCUGCUGCAUUUAAAUGUAUAUUCACGUGCCUCCAUUUUCCAUGAGGGCUUGGGGAAUUAGACUGCGUGGUCCUAAGUGUGCCAUGUACCCUUCACUAAUGUAUUCUUUUCCUCUCACAUUCUCUGCUGUUUACAUCUCAUAUAGAGGUCUGAAUUAUAACACCAAAAGAUGUGCACAUAAAAUUUUACCUGAGUGUAUUCCAUUUUUCUCUCUCUUCCCUUUGAUUUAACUGCUUUGUGUGCAUUUGUUGGGUUCUUUUUAUUAUUAUUGUUGUUUUUACAGUUGGUAUUCUUCAAUGCAGACAGUUCCUAGCUUGGCAUGGUGUCCUUGAAUGCUGGUAUGUUGCAUGCUGUCAUGUAGUUUUCUCCACAUGCUGUGCUUUUAAAUUAUGUAUGUUAUUUUUAUCCAUCUUCAUGACCGUAGUGGGUGAUCUGUUGUCUUGGAGACUCUGUUACUAUAAACUGGACUUUGAAAAAAGAAAAAAAAAAGUAGAUUUUUGCUCUAUUAUAGAACUAUUUUUGCUAAAUUGAUGCUGUAUUCUACAAUUAAAGCAAUUCUGUAUUUUA